AUGCUGUCACACAUACUUCCUCAUUCCUGCCGUCCAUACUUGUUUCCUCAACAGGUUUUUUUAAGCAGAUACCAAUGUGGUCAUGCAGCUCCUGGAGGGUAACCUCUCCUCCUCCUCCUCCUUCUCCUCCUCCUCAACAAUACAUUUUCCGACGCAAAGUUUUGUUUCCUUGUGUCUCAUCACUAUUGCACCUACAGGGGAGGGAGGAGUCGGUACAGGAGAGUCCAAGAUAAAAGCGCAGACAGAGUGAAUAUGCAGGGUAGCUGCUGUUACUGAGUCGACAUAAAGAGCUCAACAUGGGUAACUGGAUUAUUAACAAUGGACUUUCAGCCUUCAUAGUGGUGGUCUGGAUGGGCAUCAACCUCUUCCUUUUCGUCUGGUUUUACCUAUUGUACGAUACGGGUGAUGCCUUUUUCUACACGCGUCAUCUGUUAGGGUCUGCCUUGUCCUGGGCCAGAGCUCCUGCUGCUGUCCUCAACUUUAACUGCAUGCUGAUCCUCCUCCCGGUGUGCAGGAACCUGCUGUCGCUGCUCCGAGGCUCCUUCGUGUGUUGCGGCAGAACAAUGAGGAAACAGCUGGACAAAAAUCUGACUUUCCACAAGCUGGUGGCGUACAUGAUAGCUCUGAUGACAGCCGUGCAUACGGUUGCCCAUCUGUUGAACGUGGAGUGGCUCAACAACAGCAGACGAGGAAUGUAUGAUGUUCUCAGCACUGCUCUGUCCAACCUGUCAGACUCAGAAAACACCACCUACCUGAACCCAGUCCGCAGAAUAGACAUCAAUGCGCAGCAGACUCCAACCUACUUCGUGUUCACCUCCAUCGCUGGCCUCACAGGGGUCGUCAUCACUCUGGCCCUCAUCCUCAUCAUCACCUCCUCCAUGGAGGUAAACAGUAAAUAUCAUAUUGAAGUCUUCUGGUACACCCACCAUCUUUCGCUAUCUCUUAUAUUGUUCUGCAUUGGUUCUGGUGUUCCGGGCGGGGGAAAAACCUGGUGGUGGGUGAUCGGUCCAAUGAUUCUGUACGUCUGUGAACGUGUGUUGCGUUUCAUCCGUUACAUGCAGAGAGUGCAAUACAGGAAGAUCGUGAUGCAUCCGUCCAAAGUGCUGGAGCUGCAGCUGGUGAAGGACGGUUUUAAAAUGGAGGUGGGUCAGUACGUCUUCCUCAACUGCCCGGCCAUCUCCCAGCUGGAGUGGCACCCGUUCACCAUGACCUCCGCCCCCGAGGAGGACUUCUUCAGCGUCCACAUCCGCUCGGCCGGGGACUGGACUGACAAACUCAUCGACAUCGUGCAGAAUCUACCAGAGGGAGCACAGGGACCCAAAAUGGGUGUGGACGGACCCUUUGGCACAGCCAGCGAGGACGUAUUCGACUACGAGGUCAGCAUGCUGGUCGGCGCCGGCAUCGGAGUCACUCCCUUCGCCUCCAUCCUAAAGUCCAUCUGGUACAAGUUCAAAAUCUCCAACUCUAAACUGCGCACCAGGAAGAUCUACUUCUAUUGGCUCUGCCGGGAAACCCACGCCUUUGAGUGGUUUUCUGACCUGCUGCAGGUGCUGGAGAAAGAGAUGGAGGAGAGAGGAAUGGGGAAUUUCCUCACCUACAAACUCUAUCUGACUGGAUGGGAUCAAAAUCUUCGUUUUCAUGAAGGGGUUCACUUUGAAGAGGACACAGAUGUGGUCACUGGGCUCAAACAGAAAACUCACUAUGGCAGACCCGCCUGGGACAAGGAGUUUGAACAAGUCCGCAAAGAGAACCCCACGUCUGUGGUUGGGACUUUCCUGUGUGGCCCUGCAGUUCUAGCAAAAGUCUUAGAAAAGAAAUGUGCCAAAUACUCAGACGUGGAUCCCCGGAAGACCAAAUUUUACUUUAACAAGGAGAAUUUCUGAGUAAAAGAACACAGCAUUUGGGCUUUUUAAGACAGACAACCUGUGGCACUAGCUGGGUGUGUUUUGACACUCAAUACUGCACACUGAUAAAGAAGCAGGGCGUGUCCUUUAUCAGGGACAAAACUCAGGGACAGACUCUUCUAUUUCUUGUGAUCGACUGACUCAUGGCUUUUACGGUCAGCUGCACUCAGAUUUUCACUCAUUGUAGGAUUGAUUUUAAAAAGGUGCACUUCUGGUGACUCCCUCGUAGUUCCAGCAUGGCCUGAGACUCUAUAUAUUAUAAGAAAGUAUUUUACCGUUACAAGACAUCAGGACCUCGGUUUUUUCUGUGUCGUACACUUGUUAUAUGGAUAAGUACGGAUAUUUUCCUGUGUGAAUGUCAGAAAAAACUUCCCAGAUCCCACGUUUGUCUUCUGAUUUUUCGUUUUAUCAGACGAUUAGUCCAAAACUCAGAUUGUGUUUACUAUCACAUGCAACAAAGAAAAGCAUGAACUCAUCAUAUAUAAGAAGCUGUAAGCCAGUGUAUUGGUAUUUUUCUUGAAUGACAAACCUAUAAAUCUAAAUGUUGAUUCAUUUUCUGUGGAUCAAUUGUUUACCCCUUACAUUUUUUCUACUGGGGAGAGAAUUAGCCUAUAUGAUCAAAUACACUGUAAAUGAGCUGUCACUUUUAUUAAGCUUUACUGGUUAAGGGAACAGGUUCCUUGGAAACAGACAAUGGUUUAUUGUGAACAGAUUAAAGUCUGUGGCAUUUCCUUGUCAGAGUAAUAAGGUAACUAGGAGGAAGACUUCCUGUCACGUAGCCUGUGGUUAAUCAUCCUCCUGUGACUUAUUGUCACAGAAAUUUUUUUAUUUUACUAUUUGCUGUUUUAUCAUGUUUCUUGUAUACAACUCCAAACUCAUAAAAUAAAUGACUAUAUAACUA